CAAAAGGCACGCGCACAAUUAUUGGAACAGCGUCGCUUCAACACAAUUGCAAUCCCUGCUGAUAAGCACACCGCUUCGAUUGGUCCUCUGAGGCGUCUCUGUCGCUCCAUGGCCGUACGAGUGCAGCGUCCGUGACUGUAUUGCAUUGAGUCGCCCCGACCCAAGCCAAGUCUUUUUUUUCCUUUCCUUUCCCUUGCCUUUGCCACACCCUGCCCUGUCCAAUCUUUCUCGUCUCUUUCUGCCGCACCUGCAUUCCUGCCACGCUUGUACAUAUCGUGCGUAUGCCCAGAAACGAGCUCCGACCUUUCUAUCGUAGACGUCGAUACUACCUCGCUCUAGCGUGCUUUCUCCCUUCCAUUCGCUUCGCUUCGCAAAUCAGUUUACCCCUCCUUCGCUUAAGCCAAACUGCUGUUUUCCUUCUACCCUCUCCCGAUUGUAUCAAACUCUUCAUACUCAUAUACACGCGUGUUCCAAAGCUGAAAGAGCGAGGAUUGAUGUCUUCCUCAUACGCUUUCUGAGGAGCCUUGGCCCAUUAAUCUGACUUCUAUCACUCAACCAAACCCCCAACAAGAUACAAUCGGCGAUCACAACCUCGACCGCGCUCUCCUCAUAACAUGGUUUUCGAUGACAUGCGAAGACCCCGGGCCUCGAUGGCCACGGCCGACAUCCCCUUCAGGCAGGCCCCACGGCCGCGCUGGCUGCUCGUCCUACAGGCACGGAUGUGGCGUUUCCUGAUGUCAAUUGGCAUGUUCUUGCACAAGCUAGCCAGGCCGCGGCCUCCAAGCCCGGACUUUAAGCAAUGGGUUGAUGCCACGGUCAGUCCACGACCUGGCAGGUUCAGACUUAAUUUUUAUGUCCCGAAGGAAUGGAAGGAAGCCCGCAGGUUGCAGACAAAUAGGAAGUUUCCCGUCGUCGUCAACUUUCAUGGAGGUGGAUUCACGUUAGGAAAAGCUACCGACGAUUGUAGGUGGUGCAAGACAGUCGUGGACGAAGUGGGUGCUGUUGUCGUCUCCGUUGAUUACCGCCUUGCUCCCGAGUGUCCCUUCCCGACCGCAGUCGAGGAUGGCGCCGAUGCGAUCCUGUACCUAGUCAGCCAUGCGAACCAGCUGAAUCUGGACACGGACAACAUAGCCGUCAGCGGUUUUUCGUCUGGCGCGAACAUGUGCUUCACAGUACCACUUCGGCUAUUGGAAGAGCUGGAGAUGCAAAUUGCACGGGGCGAAGAUCAUCGCAAGAGUGUAAUUUUGGGUCAACGACCGCCGCUGCAGAAGUCGUUAAGUGAAGGCAGGGUGUUAGUCAAAGCAAAGAAACAGAUACGUGUUAAGGCUGUGUGUGCGUGGUAUCCGCCCACGGAUUACACACGCACUCGGGCCCAGCGGAAAGCAACAUGCGCCAGGCUAGAUCAGCAGCUUCCAGCCGUUUUUACGGAAUUGUUUGACGAGAGUUACUUGUCGCCGCCCACCAUGGAUAUGUCAAACCCGUAUCUGAGCCCAGGCGUUGCACCAGACUACAUGCUGGCGAGCAUGCCGAAUGAGAUCAUCCUGUUCUGUUGCGAGUGGGACAUGCUUCUCCAAGAGGGGACUGAAUUCCGGGACAGGCUGCGUGCGCUUGGUAAAACGGUGCACUACCACAUGGUGCCCCAGGUCCCGCACGGUUGGGACAAGGCGCCCAAUCCGCUCAGAGUUACCCCAGGCGUCAGGGAACAGUACCUGAAGGCUUGCACCGAGUUAAAAAGGCUUCUCGUUGCGCAAGAGCCAUUGUCGGACGUGGACAGCGGGUUUGCAGAGGCUUCAUUCGAAAUGCCCGACGAGGCGGGCAUCAGUACGCCAGAGCAAGCACACCUGUCCCCCGUGAGCAGCACACAGCCGUUUAUCAUCCCUGAACAGGACUUCAGGACUUCGUGGUUCAGGACCUCGUGGACAGGCUAAUUUUGGCGCCCAAUUCUUAAGAUGAUGUUUUAUUCUUUUGCUACAGCGUUCAGCACUUGUUUUUUUUUUUGGUCGUGUGUAUGGAUUUGCUGAUGGCACGAAGUAUGAUUGGCUCUGAUACAUAUCUUUGCAUGGCGCGUAGAAAGGGGGCUGCGUACUCUAGAAUAGAACUGCAUUCACUGCAUUGUAAUGUACAUUGCACUGCACAGCCUAUGUGUAGUGGCCUCAGAACAGAGGUCAGAAGCGGGUAGAGAGAUACAGCCUUGUCAGCCUCGCGCUUGGCUCUCUAUCUUCUUUGGCUGGACCUAAAUAAAUAGCUCACCACGAAUCCGCAGCCCGAGCACGGCAAAGAAAACAUGCGUGCAGCAAGUGGCUUUGAUUUUGUCGUCCGAGCGUG